AUGAACACCAUUUCUCGCUCAAAGGUCUUCCUUGUGCUGCUUGUAACUCUCUUCCCAACCCAAAUUCUUGCUCAAAAUGCGAUCUUAGCAGUUUGUGAUCAGACUCUGUAUACAGCAUUGUGCAUAAGAACUCUUCAAUCGGACUCGGCGAGUGGGUCGGCUACUAGUUUUGAAGACGUAGCCACAAUUAUACUAAAGAAUGCAACAUCUACAGCAACCCAAAUAAGUGACCAACUCACAAAACUGAUCCAAGAAGGAUCAUCGCGAUGGUCGGGCGGCGAUAUGGUUUCCCUGAAACAUUGCAAAAUUUACUACCACGAUGCAAUCGGAAAACUUGCGGACUCGAGCAAAGCCCUGGCAUCUAGGAAGUACAAUGAUGUUAAGACAGGUAUGUUGGCUGCCAUGGGUGCUAGUCGCUCAUGUGACAAAGACUUCGAGGAAUAUGGAAGAACCGGCAAGUCUCCAUUAGGCAAUCAGGGUGUCACGUAUAACGAGCUUUGCAACAUUGUCAUAGACUUGUCCACUAUCAAUUGA